GAGAGGAGGAUCUUACUAUACCUCCAUUAUGACUAUCGCGCUUUAAUUCAACAAGUCUCUUCUUUCCCUCUACUCUUCCUCGAGCCUGUUCAGCGCACUUCCCGGCGAUGUCUCUCCUCCAGCCGCGGUUCGUGCAACUCUCCGCCGCCUCCCUCGCGGUGGUGUUCGGCCCGGACGAGGAGAGCCAGCAGCACAGCAGCAACCACCGCAGCGGCACCACCACGGGGCUGGAGGUGUUUGCGGACUUUAAGGCGCAAAACCUGCGCAGCUUUUGGAAUAAACGACUCGUCAGGGCCAUGGGAGAGGUGCACUUUCAAGGCUGGAUGGAGAACUUGGUGCUUUUCAUACAAGGGAGCGUCGGCAGCUUGGAGGUGCUGAGAGAAGCGUGGAUGCGGAGAGCCCUCAAGUCCGCCAAAGGCUUGCUCAUCAGAGCUGUGGGUGACCUGUCCCCGUUGCAGAUGUCCCCCAUCCCGCAGUCCCAGUUCAUUCCCUUAGCAGAAGUGUUGUGCUCUGUCAUCUCAGAUAUGAACUCCUCCCAAAUCACCGUCAACCAGGAAGCUCUUGUAAAUUACAUGAGCAAAGCACAUCCAGGAAUAACCAUCCCUACUCAGGAUAUCCUCUACAGUACUUUAGGCACUCUGAUCAAGGAGCGCAAAAUUUAUCACACAGGCGAGGGCUACUUCAUCGUUACACCUCAGACUUAUUUCAUCACCAGUAACAUGGCUCAAGAGAAGAGUUUGUGGACUUCAGGUUCAGCGGAUGACCCUCCAUCACCUCCUCCUAUUACAUAUCUUUUGAGCAAUGACAUCUGUGUGGAGAGCACUCAGACGCCCCCGGUGGCACACUGCAAGUCUUGCAGCUGCUUCAACCCACUCCCAACAUCUACCAAUGUCAUCACCGCUAAUGUAACUUCAACCCUUCUUCCAUCCACUGUGCCAGAUCAGAAUUCUGUCUCUGUUUCUGUGAGUGAAUGCACAGGCAAGAGCUUAAAAUGGCCUCGACAGUCCGAUCCCAAACCCUCGGUGCAGCAUCAGUCCACUUCCACAGCAGCCGACUGCCAGGUGAGUGAAAUCAGCAAAACGACGGGAACUAUCAACACCGCUAUCCGCAAAGAGAAGGAUAGCAAGCCAAAAAAGUUUGGUCUCAGUUUGUUCUGGAGGAAUGGAGGUAAAAAAGAGAAGCCGAAGAAGGAGUAUGCAUCCUUCUCCGGCCAGUUUCCUCCAAAGGAGUGGCCAGUCAGAGAUGAGGAUGACCUAAACAACUUACCCCGUGACCUGGAGCACGCCAUCAUCAAACGCAUCAAUCCAGAACUCACUGUCGACAACCUGACACGCCACACCGUCCUAAUGAAGAAGCUGGAAGAGAGGCGGGAGAAGGCUCUGGACAAAGGAGUAAACAAGGGCAUGUCAACUGAGAUCGUUGCAAGUUCAAAACCGAGGCAUCACCACUCCUCCAAGUCAGGGAAAAGAUCUACACAGAGAAACUCCCGUAGCAAGCGGAGGAUCCACUCCUCCAGAGAAAAGCAACGGGAGAAGAUGAAGAAUAAAGUUGCUUUAUGUACAAAUGCUAAUCCAGAGGGGGAGGAUUUGAUCCCCACUCGGCUACGAGUGGAAAUCCCUACUGAGGAACGCAGGAAAGUGGAUGAUGGUGUCUCUCUUUACAAGAAACGCAUCGAAAAUCCUUUCCAGAUUUAUCCAGACCCAUCCGAGCCUGGAGUUCCUCCCUCUGUCAGUCGGGAGAAUCGGAGACGCAAGCCCAAAGACGGCUGGUCAUCUGGGAGAAAGGAACGGAGUCAUCGCUCCAAAUCGUGGGACCCGCAUCAGGCCAAGCUGAGCGUGGCAGGUGUAGAGCAUACAGGAAACUCUCCUGUUUCUGAGGACAAAUACAAUCAGGGCAGGGAUUAUAAUUCGGAACAUCUGCUGCAGUCCGACUUGCAGCUGGACUACAGCUCAGAGUAUCCACAGAGCUGCACGCUCCGGAUUGAAGACAAGAUUCGACAUCAGAGGGACGGAAACUUGAAAGACUUCAACAACCACGCUUUGAGUGUUGGACUCUCAAAUACACAGCUAUUCACCAAUUCUGAUGCUACACAACCCAAGCUUGGAAUAAACCACUCUUACGACACAACCGUGGCCUGGCCCAAGCCCUCUUUACAGCGCAAGCACUCCCUCAGACUAGCAACACAGCAAAGAGAUGAUAAGUCUGAUGAGCUUUCUCUUCGUCAUCCUGCCUGUGAAAACACAACCACUGCAGAGCCAAAGGACAUUAGAAGCUUUAAUGUCAACAGAGAGCCAGCAGUUGAAGACUGUCUCUCAACAACAAACACUGAUGGCUUUAGAGAGGAUGACCACAGACUCUACCAGAGAAUGGACCAGCAUAAGGAUGAGGACACUUGCAGCUCCCUGUGUUUGAAUGAGGACGAUAUUAUUGAAGCUGCCAAGGUGUACUCCUCCAGCAUAUCAGAACACCACAACCCCCAGUUAGUUUACCAUAAAUAUGAGUGUCGGGGAUCAGACGCUCACUUUUACAAUUCAGACUUUCACCAUCAACAAGCUGCCUCAAUACAAGAUUCAAGGGAGGUUUCUCUACCUGUGGAGACCACGUGGAGACGUCGGCAUCAUCAGCAGAGUACUGUAUCACCAGGGACUCAAGAUGAAACCAGCUCUAGGAAAGAAGCAUUGUUCCAUGAAGGUUUACACAAGUCCAACCUUGAUUUGGACUGCCCUGAACCACCUGAGGCCUUUGACAGCAGCAUCUUUGACUACUGCCCGACGAGCGAGAUCGAAUCAGAUGCAGAGACUGUCCGCAAGUCCACUGAUGAGGGGGAUGGUGAAUUGGCUCAUUGGGCGGCAGAGGUGGAGGAAGAAACACUGCAGGAUAAAUUUGAUCAGAGGGGAGUUCCUGUGACUCCAGGAGCGAGUCUGAGUGCACCUAGGCGGGCAGAAACUGGAGAACUGGUCGAGAACCAGAGCAUCACAGGAGACAGUGGCAUAGACUCUCCACGGACCCGGAUCAGUUUGUCCUCCAGUAACACGGUCAUUCUGGACGGUCUGAAGAGAAGAGGGUUUCUGCAGAACCUGGAAAAACUGCACUCAAAGAGCAGCACCAUUCGACCUCAGAGCUCGCUGCUGCAGCUCACUCCUGUGAUGAACGUUUAAACGUUAUUUUUCUACAACUUGGACUGUUUUCAUCGCAAGUUCUAUGCAACUCUUGUGAAGCAGGAGGCAAUACAACUGGUUUGUACAGACGCUGCAUGUAUAUUUGUCCUUAUUGUAAAUCAUUUAUAAAGUGUAUUAAUGAAGGGCUUACGGGGUUAAAAUGUACAGUUUUGCAUAUUUUUCUCUUGGGUAAAAAAGUGUAGCUUGCUCUUGUAGAGUUUUUUAAAAAUAAAAUUAUAUA